UGUGCUGUCAUUUACCGAUUUUAGUGAAAUAUGGAAAUAAAUCCUAUUUUUAUCAUGAAAAUUCAAAAUAUACAUUAACAAUUACACUAUUCCCCAAUUAAAGUUAUUUUCUAUUAUUAAUUUGUCGAAAAUGAUAGUAUUGUGUGUCAGAGGAUUUGUAAUAGCGCAAUUGCUGUAUGUAAUUCAGGCGUUAAACUCUCCUUACCAGAUCUACGAUAUGGUACAGCAAGAUAUUUGCAAGAUGCGACGGUUUCCAUUAUUAGAUAGUUUUCUGUCUCAGACGGAUUCUAUAUUGCUGGCAAAUCCCGAAAGAGGAGCGAUAUUUCGACAGAGCUGGAACUCCUCAAGUUUCAAAAGAUAUUCCGACUGUAAGUUCUACAUUCAAGCACCUCCGCGAAUGGGAUUAUAUGUAACCGUGGCCAACGUUCAAUUGCGAAAGAAUACUCGUGGAAACUGUAUUGAUAGCAUCGUGGUGAAGAAAAGCAACGAAAAGAAAUAUGAAUUCUGCGACGAUAAGGAGGAUGAUGAACCUAGAGUUUUCUCUGACGAUUUGGGACGAAUGAGGAUUACGGUAAAUUUAGACUCGACGUUGCCGCUACCCACAUUGGAAGAUACUCUUGAGGUGCAGCUUAUAGUUACAGUUAAGGGUAGAUGCAAUUUAGAAGGAUAUGUUCCAUGUGAGGAUGAUGAAGAUGAUUCUUGCAUCAGCAAAAACUUUUUUGGGGAUGGCAUCAUAAAUUGUCCUGAGUGCGCAGAUGAAAAUGGAUGUUUGAUCGAUUCGGUUCAGACACCUGUCGUGAAUCCUUCAAAUAUUUUUCUCAGUGCAUUGGUUUCCCUUUUUGCCACAGCAAUAGUUUGCGGAGGAUGUCUUUGGUGUCUGUGUAAGCACCGUCGAUGUAUCGACAAUUGCAACAGCAAUAGCAGUGGAACUGGUCGUAGCAAUCGUGAUUCGAUGGUUGCUGUCGAUCAGCUGCAUGUGGAUUUACAUCCACCAGUGAUUCCUUCCAAUGAAGCGACCCCUUCAGCUCCACCAGAGGAAAAUAAAGAUCUUCCCCCUAGUUAUGAAUCGCUUUUUCCGAUCGGUAGUAUUAGUAGAUAAUUGAGAGAAUAAUAAGAUAUCCACUUACAUCGAACGGAUAUGUUAGUGGAGCGAUGUGAUGUAUCUCAUUUUUGUUUAGUGAUCUGAGCUGAAUUAAAUUAAUAUUUAAAAUAUUCCGCAAUAAGUCGAAUUGAUAAUAAUUUUUUUGAGCAUUUUUAAGCUCUUCUUAGGCGCACGCAACAAAUAAAUUGACUACACAAGUAUUAGAUGACCCUUCAAAAGAGAAUGCAUAUGAGCUAAUGAUGUAGUUUUUUUAUAAUUAUUAUUCGUAAUACUAUGCUAAACCAAAAGUUUUUAUAUGUAUAUUGACCGCUUAAACGCGUUUAGUUAUAAAAAUCUAAAAUGUAGGAAAAAUGCCGUUUCUGUCUGAGGACGACAGUUAUUGUUAUAAUUAAAAUGUAUUCGAUUUUGUAAAUAAUUGAUAGAAAUGUAAUAUAGAUGAAAUUAAUGAA